AUGGAUCACCGCUACUCCUCUUCGCGGUACACAACCGCCCGCCCGCGGUCUCCCACAUUCAAUCCCGCAAGGGCUUCGCUUCCGACGAGCAUCGGCUACAGCUCCAUGUAUGGAGGAGAUAUUCAUGUCAUGCCCACGUCUUCGACUAGAUACGCACCAGCGAGCUCUCGGGGCCACCACCAUCACCAGUCGGCCACUCCGGCGACUACCACAACAACCUACGCCGUUACCAAGGACCCUCUUACUCGUGGAACAGGCCUGAGAGAAGCGAGCCGCACCCGUAACCAUCGCUCGUCGACCCUCGACUCUACCGCCGCUCGUCCAGUCAUUGUUACAACAACCCAGGCCCGACCGCAGGCGAGCUCGUCAUCCCACCAUUCUUCGAGCAAUAGACACUCCAGCCCGACUCGUGACGACUAUCGCUCCAGCGAUUCGACCUUCUACACCCAGCCCGCCUCCUCCAUACGUUCCCGAAGCCAUCACCGAGGUGGCUCUUACAGUGCCACAAUGGACAACGAAGAGUUUACUCGUCUACGCGAGCGAACUCUCGAUCCUGCCGCAAUCAGACUAGACACAUACCGCCCGCCGAGGUCGUCCACCGUCUACCCCAGCAGCACUCGACACGCCAGUGCCCCCAUCGACAUUGGCGGAGACGGCUACGAAUAUACUACACCAAGCGACCUCGCACGCUACGACUUGGACCACAGCCGGCCCCCAUCACGAUCUCGCCGGAGAGAGAGCAUCGACCGGGGCUACUACCGUCCCAGUGUCAAUGUGACGACAACCGAAAGCGCAAGUCGCCCUUACAACGAUGCUGGCCGAUACGACAAGCGAUCUGGCCCCCCGCCCAGCACCCGGGGUUUCGAUAAGAUCAACCGCUCGGCCACGAAUGUUUAUGACCCGGCGAUCCCUACCAUCCCUCCCGCAGCUCCCGCAGCGCCUGUUCAUCUACCGGUGCCUCACAGCCCGAAAGAUCGACGCUCCAUCGGUGGCCCAUCGUCUUUGGAUGUAGCUGCGCCGUCUGUAGCCGCCGCAACAGUCGCAGGUGCCACCGCCUCUCGACGUCCUGUCUCGGUGUACCAAGAAGGCCCCCCGCGGUCCAGCCAUCACGAGGAAUAUUACCGAAGCCGCGAAGACGACCGUGCCCAGCGGCAGGCCAGGGACGUUGAUCGUAAAUACGACCCUGUCUAUGGCAGCGGCGAUUACUACGACGAUGGUGUAGCGUCGCGAGGUUUCGGCAUUCGUACAGACUCGGCCCCUGUCGGCGGCGACUUUGAAGACCGGCGUGAGCCGCGCAGAGAAGCACGCCCUGAGUCGCGGAACGGGUACCACUCUGAAUCACGACCCGGAUACCGGCCCGAGUCGCGCGGCGGCCACCGAACUUCCCCCUCGGACGCCAAGAGGGGCUCGGAUGACGAGUCCAAGCGUCGGGAUGAUAAGGACCGGCAUCUGCGCCGCACGAGUACGGCGACUGAAGAUGAAGCUGAGCGAAAACGGUUGCGCGACAAGCUGACUGCGGGACUCGGCCUUGCAGCCACCGCGAUUGGCCUCGGCUCCACGGCGAAGGAGAAGGAGAAGGACGAACGCCCCGAGAAGCUCGAGCGGGAGUCUCGCCGCCGUAGCGACGAGGAAGACGUUGGAGCUCGUACUGCUGAAAGAUAUAGGCCUCGAGGCGAGUCUCGAGACCCCCGCGACCGUGCCCCUGUCAUCAUCGAGACACGCAGAGCAACUGCGGAUCAAGAUGACGAGGCUCGUGACCGUGACAGAGACCGUGACAGAGACCGCGACAGAGAACGGAGCCGCAGCCGCAGCCGCCGGGAGGCCGAGGCUCGGCCCACGGGCGACAGCCUUCCUACAUCACAACGCGAUGCCUCUCCAGACGACGACGAACAAAAGUCCAGGCGGCCCAAGAGGCAGGCAAUCGGCUUCAACCCUACCAACACGAAUGAUAUCCGGGAGUUGAAGGAGCAGUUGGCGGCCAUGAAGGACGACAAACCCAAGGAGAAGGUGCCCAUACUCGCAGACAGGUCGGAUCGCGCCGAACGCCCGGAACGUUCCGAAAGGUUGGAACGCCCUGAACGAUCGGAACGAUCGGAACGUCCCGAGAGAUACGAGCGAUCGGAGCGAUCUGAGCGACUGGACAGGUCCGAUCGGUUGGAGAGGGAUGACAGGUCGGACCAGCAAACCUACGCCGACCUCCCUAUCCCAGAAACGAAGGAACGCACGCCUUCGCCCAAGAAGGAAUCACCUCCUCCAAAGCGGGAAUCGCCCGUUUCUGUCCCGUCGGCCGAUUCAGUCACUGUCUCGUCCAAAGAUGACCACCGCGGCCGUGAUACGACGCCGCCUCGUUCGGACGAGAAGCAGGUCCGCGUCGUGUCACCACCCCGCGACAAGUCCGAUGCCAAACCUCUCAAGGGCAUUCUGAAGGCACCCAGUCGGUUCCCGGAAGAAGACAACCCCGUCCGUGAGGGUGUUGCGCCCCACAAGGAUGACAAGAAGUUAAAGGAGGUCCCACCCGGUGCCCGAUGGACCAAGAUCAGUCGCAAGAUUGUCAACCCGGAGGCGUUGACCAUCGGCAAGGAGCGCUUUGAGGUUCGCGACGAUUUCGUCAUCGUCCUUCGCGUUCUCAGCAAGGAGGAAAUCCAGGCCUAUGCUGCCGCAACGCAGGUCUUGAGAGAGCGGAGGCGUGAAGAGUCUGGCAAAGACCGCGACCGGGACUACGACCGUGGCCGCGAUCGGGAUAGCGAUGACGAUAACAGGCGGAGGCACCGUUACCAUAGGAGAGAAGAAGACGACGAUGACCGUUACGACGACGAUCGCGAUAGGGACCGUUCCCGCAGACACCGUCGAGACGACGACGAUUACGAUGACCCAAGGCGUCGUGAUGAUUACCACCGUCACCACCGGGACCGCGAGCGCGAGCCUCUGGCCAUUGAGGGCUGA